GUCAAGAAAGGUUGUGUCUCCAUAUUCGACGCUUGGCAAGCAAAGGUAAGUAGAGUUCUAUGCAAAGAUAGCUCGAAAUCAAUCGCCUGUAGUUUGGAAACGCCAAAAAAAUAUAUCAGUCAUUUGAACGUUCCAAACCUUUGGGUACCACUGCAGGGCCAACGCCAUCCACAAAAUAUUGAGAUACCGAGGAGAUAAUCCAGCAAAUUAUUUGCUACAAAUGCAAAUUGUUACUUUCUUCGACUCCUCGCUUCUCAGCAUUUUAAGCGAGAUAGCUAAAAUUCAAUCUCACAAAACCCUUUUAGUGCAAAAAGGCGAUUUAGCCGUAAAAUAGUCAUUUAUGCAAGUAAAUAACGAAAUAACGACACUCUAUCCAAUGGAAUAAACGUUUAUGGUAUAGACCCAUUUCACCAGCUCGGUCAUAAUUCUUUAAAUUGUCAUGAAGAAUUUCAUGUGAUCUUUCGCCUUUAAAUCGGCUACGUCACACUAUGUGCUAUCUUUUUAAAAACCAAAAACGUUUUUCGCAUAAAUUGAAUUAUAUUUAGGCACUGAAACUAAAUUUCCCACCGUCUAUUGCAAGAGAUGGCAAUGGUGGACAUGAAUCGAAACUUGCCAAGAUUGGCUGAAUUUUUCAUCCCUGGUGUUUUAAUUAUGCUAUGCCUGUAAAAAUCACACAAAAAAACACAUUCUUCAUGGUUAGAGAUGAAAUCUAUAGGAGCAUUUUGUGCUUGGUAGGUGCAGUCAGUCAGUAACAAAAAAAAAAGAAAUUUCGCGAGCUCACUUGACCUUCAGGAGUUAAACCUAUUACCUUCGUAUUAGUGAAACGAAUGCUCUACCACCCACCUGUAUUGUUUGUGUAAGCAACUUUUUCAUUGAACUUCUUGCAAGUGAUAGCAUGACAGUAACAAGUUCGUUUUUUUGGCUGAAGAUUAAGUGAUGUAGCCUAAUUUCAUGUAUAAUGUUUUAAUGCCUAAAGGGGAAUUACUUCCUACUUCAUGAUGUUACCGUAGACAGAAUAUUAUUACAAUAUAUAUUAUUAAUAUCUAUAUUACGACAGAAUAGCCCAGUAUAGAGGAGUCGUAAUGAAGUGUAUGUUAUGUUAUGUCAUAAGACAUACGUGCUGCUCCUAUUUGUUAAACAAAGAUAAGAAACUUGAAGCGGAGAAUUUUAAUUCUAUGUCUAGUUCAACACGAAGGAUUUCCCAGAAUAGAACAAGUCCAACAAAGUUAAAAUAUCAAAAAUGCUGAGGCAGAUCUUAACAGCUGGUAAAGAAAGAAAGAAAGAAAAGGAGAAAUUACAAAGAAAGAUAGCUUCACGAAAUGGGGGCUGUAAAGGGGGUUGAAGGUCCCUCGCACGGUUGACAACUAUUAAAGGGGCUAUGUCAGCUGGAGAGCAUGCGCUCUGAGGUUAUGCAAAUUACUUUCAACUGUCAAAAUUCUAUUGUUUUUAACGCGUGACUUUCUCCAUGUUCUCUGUCACUUCCAAGGCUCCGAAUUUAGAGAGGUUAACAAGCGAAAUGGGUUUAAAUAAGGGAUAUUUCGAUAGAAUUUACGGAACGUUUCUUCUCUGGUUAUGCUAGAUUAAGAAUAAAAUUGUGACGACAAUUUUACUUGUAGUUUUGAAGUAAAAACGCAUGCCAUUCAUAAAAUAGAGCGCAAACAAAAAUUCAACAACAACAUAUUGUCUUAUUCAACAAAAUUUUUAAAUCGAAGUUGUAUUUUACAAACGAGCUAAAAAAGACGCUAGACCGAAGAUAAAGACCAAGACUGUUUUAAAUCAUUAACAAUUAGACUUGUCUGUCUCUAGUGAUUCUAUAAUUUAGAUGCUGAUAGAACAAGAGACAUCAAGUCUUUGUUUUGAUCUUAGGGAAACAUACAUCUUCUUACAUCACUGCGAUGUCGACAAAAACAGAACCAAGCAUCAUUGGUAUACUACUCCACUAUAAGCAGUCCGUGGAUAAAAAGGGAAAGUAAACUCUGCUAUUUUCCAAAAAUAUGCUCGAACACAAACAGUUCAAAAACAUGGCAUUUACAGGAUCUAACUCGUCAGGAUCUGACUCGUACUAAGGUGCCUCUCUAAGUCCGUUGAGAACAAUCUGGACGAGCAAACGAUCGUGUUUAUCUUUGCCGUGAAUCCAGAUAAAUACAAGAAGGAAUCUAGGCAAACUUUAUAGUGUUUCCUUCGCCAGGAGUUUAAUUUCGUCACGAAACUCAUGGCCUGAUGCUCUUGUAAUCGUUUACAAAAAACGGCCGCCGCCAACUCGAUAGCCGCUUCAUUACAAGUCCACAUGCUUUGAGCACAAGAAAAAUCCAAGAGCCAGCAGCCUCUAAAAUAACUCAAUAGAAAGGUUCUGUGAACUAUAGCAAAGAUUCCAUCAAAGAUUCCAUCACUCAUUGUGGAGUAGCCGUCAUUAACUCUGCCAUUACAACGGCCUCUGAUAAGAGGACACAGUAAAUCCACGUAAAAACAUUCCACAGGCAAACAACUUCAAAAUAACGCCAAAACAUUAUUCUGUAAUCACCAUAGAACGAUUCUUAAUACAAAACUUCGCUAACUAUCGAACGAUGGCUGAGAUUUAGACAGAUAAAAACAGCCUUCCAAAAUCUCCGACAGAACUUGAAAAAGUCGGGCCGACUUUUUCAAGUUUGUUUUCAUUAGCUCGCGCAUGCGUGUGGGGUGACAUAGCCCCUUUAAAUAUAUGAGAAAAAUUGGCAAUAAAGAUUUUCCACUUUCACCACAGGAAACUCAAUUUAAGGAAGAUCACAAAUUCAGACAAAACAUCUGAUAAUUCUGUUCUAUGUCCAGGAAUUUUCGAUAGAACAUCGCUAAUGCAUUUUGGGUAGUUUUGUUUUAAAAAAACGCCGACUAAAUGUGUGAGAAACACAUGGGUCAGUGUUUUGUCUUGAGGGCUUUGCACAGGUUACCCAGCUACUCGUCUGUCUUCACAUUCUGUUUUCAAAGCUUUAAUUUUUUUUUCUAUGAUGGUACUUAAAUUGGAAAUUAUUAGUCAGUCUGUGUUAACAUGGUUAGAACAUUAUUGUUUUUUGUUUUUGCGCAAAAUCAGAAAUGCAGUAAGUAUUUUAGCAAUUUUGCAGGCUUGUAAAUUUUUUUUAUAUCCUGCAGCAUGGAUGCAAAUUUACUUAAUUUGAAUCCAUGCUGGAAGAUAAAUGCGACUAAAUGUUUGCAACGGACGAUAGUUUUGUAUCAGUACAAACUGUUAAUUCCCAUUUUCUGUAAUCGAGUUUUGUGAUCGGUAAAUAUGUUCAUAACCUUGGACAACAUGUGUGAUCGAAAUCAGGGAUUCUUUCUUUCUCGCGACAUGUGCAGCCUCCUUAAGGAUUAUGACUCUGUACUUCUGACAAUGUGAGUGAAUAAAUAUUCCUCUAAGGACUCCGUCUAUUUGGUUUUUGCUAGAUCGUAUAACGCUCUGCGCUUUUCAUUGCACAUGGCCGAAUCUGUAGUAAGGGAAAUCCCGAGAAAACCAAGGGCAGUGUAAUUGUUAUUUUUUUAUCUUCUUCUUGUAACGAGUUUCAGAUCUCAGUUAUGUUUAGUGUAGCUCUGUAUUCAGUUUUGCCGCAGCCCUUCAUAAUCGCUCUCUGGUCUAAAGGCGUUUAUAUUCCCUCCUUGCAUUUCUUUUGUGAGAACAACCCUGAACUUUGACCAGUUUUUUUCUCGUCCAUUGGCAGAAGAAGACCACUUUUUCUUAACGAUCAUGGGAUCCUAUACGUCUUAAAAUAAUUGCAGUGGUCAAUGAAGGCGCGAAAGUACUGGACACAUGUACAACAUUAAUGGGCUUGCCUGACUUAACUUUUGAUGGCUCACCUCUUUUUGCGGAACCUAUUGUAUGUUUCUCUUCGGAUGAGCGUUGUGUAACACUUCAACUUAUUGCAUGUUAACCUUCUCAGAGUUGCGUGAAUUAUGCUCUUCGUGGGGGAUUUCCAUUACUCCAUAGACUCUUACAAGAUAUUUUUACAUGCGCAUUGUUUUGGCUACCCAGAGUUUGCCUUUCCCUUAAAAAGCAGCAAACGUUUGCUGGAACCAAAGUUCUUAAAUAUGUGAUGAAUGUUCCGUUAAGCUUUAUAAUUUUUUUUGCCAAGGUAAAAACACGUAGUUUCCUUAAAUGAAAAGGCAUGUCCCUCUUGUCAAAUUCAUAGGCAUUGGAGCUUAACCUGCUCAAAAACUCUGCAUUGUUAUGCAUCGUAGAUUCACUCCUCUCCAUUCACUUUUAACAAGAAGAAAACGAAAACUUCAAAAAAGUGAAACUGGUAUAUUUGAGGGUGACAGUACGUUAACGAAAAUUAACGUAUAGGUAAUCGUAAAAGCCAAAGCAUUACCUUGCUGGAUUUUUGAGAACGUACCGAACAAAAAUUGCAGUCUUUUGACUGAGGACAAGACCAAAAGCCGAAGGCAAAAUGAGCCCGAAAAUCCUCCUAGAAAAGAACAAAGAAAGGGAAAAUAGAGUGAGCGAAGAGAAUGAAAGGAGGAGAAGAAAAAAAAAAGGAUUGGCUGCACUGCUAGCUUUUCUUUUUUACUUCUGUUUGAGGGGAGAGCCCUAUUUUGGCUGUAACGUUAUUCAAAAAUCCGGCUCUGAUAUACAUUUUUCUUACCAUUGCCUAUGUGCCUAAAAGAAAUCUGAUUUAAAAAGGAUAUAUUUUAAAAUCUAAUGAUUAAGUAACGGCUUUCAUUUUUCAGAUUUAAAGUCUUACGACUAAAUUUGUUGUAGUUUUACAGCCAAAAGUUCACUCUAUUACUCCGUAAGCCUCCUGUUAUUUUGGGGUUCUUUGAGCGAAGCAUGGGCUUCCUGUGCAAAAGCCAGCCGUGUUAAAUAUUUAUCAUUUUUGAAAAAAAGGAACACUUCGUUUUCAUCACCGAAAACUAGGUAUCAGUUAUUAUUUCUUCUCUCACUUUUCCAUAAAAGUAACAAACACAUUUCGCGCAUUUUUUAUUUGAACGUAUAAUUUCAACUACCGCGGGUGCCCUGUGUUAAAAGCUCAAAAUGU